CUCUUCCCAUCAGCCUGAAACCUUUCCAUAAUCUCUCUUACACAAAAUUCUAAAGAGAGAGAGAGAAAAACAAAAUGGGAGCAGAAACAGGGCUUGCAAUGUUCUGUGGAGCCAUCCACAAAAUAAAGCCCUAUUUGGCCAUGGUUUCCCUUCAAUUCGGGUACGCUGGCAUGUACAUCGUCACACUCCUUUGUUUUAAGAAGGGCAUGAGUCAUUACGUUCUCGCCGUCUACCGACAUGUCGUCGCCACUAUUGUCAUCUCCCCCUUUGCCCUCGUCCUCGAAAGGAAAAUAAGACCAAAGUUGACACUCCCCAUAAUUUUACGCAUAAUGCUCCUCGGCUUUCUCGAGCCAGUGCUGGAUCAAAAUCUUUAUUACGUGGGCUUGAAGUUUACUUCAGCAACAUUCACGUCUGUCACUCUUAAUAUUCUCCCUGCUGUUACCUUCAUCAUGGCUCUCAUUUUCAGGCUGGAAAGUGUGAACUUCAAGAAAAUCCGCAGCAUAGCGAAGGUGGCGGGAACGGUGGUGACGAUCGGAGGAGCCAUGGUGAUGACUCUAUACAAAGGGCCAAUCGUGGAGAUCUUCCACGGCGCGGGGCGGCACGCGGCCCACCAGAGCAGCAGCGAGUCCGCGGACCAGCACUGGGUCCUCGGCACCCUCAUGCUCCUCGGCAGCAUCAUCGGCUGGUCCGGCUUCUUCAUCUUGCAAUCCUUCACCCUCAAGAAGUACCCUGCUGAGCUGUCCCUCACCGCCCUCAUCUGCCUAGCUGGCACCCUCGAAGGCUCCAUCGUCACCCUCAUCAUGGAGCGCGAUUUCUCCGUCUGGGUCAUCGGCUGGGACUCCCGCCUCCUCGCCGCCGUCUACACUGGUGUCAUUUGCUCUGGGCUUGCGUAUUACAUACAAGGCGUGGUGAUCCGCCAACGUGGCCCGGUUUUCGUUACCUCUUUUACCCCUCUAUGCAUGAUCAUCACCGCCAUCCUCGGCUCCAUUGUGUUGGCUGAACAAAUCCACCUCGGAAGUAUAAUUGGAGCCGUUUUCAUAGUGAUGGGGCUGUACUUGGUGGUGUGGGGCAAGGCCAGGGACCAUCUCAAUUCGUUGAUGAAUCAGAAAGGCGCCGCCGCCGCCACCCAAUUGCCGAUCACCGCCGAGCCGGAGACCAAUUCCGCCGCCAAGGCUCCGCCGGCCUGAUUUUCGUUUAUAUUCUGAGAGCAGAGGAAUGUUGGUGGUGAAAAAUCAUCAAAAGGCAUUUUCCUUAGCUAAUUUCUCUCGUCUGUCUGCAGAAUAUAUUUGUGUUGGUGUGUUUCCUUUUUCCUUUUUUGUUGGGUGGAUUUAUAUUCUCUCUGUAAUUUGAAUUCUGAUAAAUGGUAUAAACAUCUCAUUGUCUAAUUCUACGUCUAUAUAAUUUGCUGUCUUCAAAACAAUGGCGGCUUUUUCUCA